AUUGCAUUUCGUAAGCGAUUAUUGAGUUAUGAAAACACAACACAUAUAUAAACACACGCUUUGGUUGUAUCACUAAAUCCAGUGUUAAUCACAAUUAAUACCACUUUUUUGAUCGCUAUUUAACCACACGUUAAGCCUAUGAGAGAGCGAUGCUAUCAAAACAUGUACUCAACUGUGGUUUCAGUCAAUGGUAUUCACUCUUUGCCGACAUCUCUAUUGACAGCAAAUCAAUGAAACUGAGCGACGAUUUUAUACAAUACUUGUUAAGCGAUGGCAUUGUUUUGCCCAAAAGCGGAUCCGAUGGCAACGCAGAAGAGAUCGCUGACGACAACGACUGGGGCGACGAUAACGACCAUCAAAACGGUUCCCAUCGACUGCCAGACGGCGGCGGCGAUGAUAGCGAUGGCCAGUCAUCCGAAGCGGAGGCGGCGGCGCCGGAGUUCCCCGAAAUGGACGCCUUUAUGCGCGCGGCGUUGGACUCGUUGGGAGCGGUGUUCCCGAAGUUGAACUGGAGUUCAUGUGAGGACAGCAGUUGGAUGAGCGCCACCGGCACCCGAUGUCUGACCCCCGACGAUGUCUACCUAUUGCUCAAGAGCUCUGACCGUAUUGUUCACGACUUGACACAACCGUUUAAGGACUGUACGGAUGAGACGCCGCCCGUAGAGCACGAACUGGUGCUCAAGAAGUGGGUCGAUAUGAACCCGUCGAUGGAGUUCCGGUGCUUUGUGGCCAACAAUCAACUCAUAGGUACCGCAGAGUUGCGAUUCACAUACAGUAUAAUAAGUGUUUUGUCGGCCAAUUGGCGCACAGGUAUUACCCAACGGGACGUCCGGUCGUAUUACGAGCACAUCGGGCACCAGAAGGAGGACAUCAUUGGCGACAUUCACCGCCUGUUUGUCACACGAGUCCAGAAUCAGUUCCCCGACAGAGACUUCGUUAUGGAUGUCUACCGACCGACGAGAGGACGGGUAGUGUUGGUCGACAUGAAUCCGUUCGGCGCGACCACUGAUUCGUUGCUUUUCGAUUGGGACGAACUGUACGCCCGACGGCUCGACAUUAUUACCGCCGAUGACGAGACACCGAUUGUACCGGAGUUUCGGUUCCUGACCAGUGGUGCCGGUGUUCAGCCGCAGAGGUAUUCCAUGAACUCAUUGCCAAUCGAAGCCCUCAACGGCUAUAGUUUGGAUCAAUUCAUGGAUGGCUUUCAUAUCGACAGAUGAUAAUCAAUGAGACAUUCAUUUAAUUUGUAAUCAAAAACAUUUUUCACAAACAUUUAAAUCACUUUUUAAUUAAACACAAAAUCUUUUGAUAAUUAUUUUCAUUCAAAUUUUAUUUUUAUUUAACGAUUAAUUCAAUACAAGCCGUGAGUUCUGAC